AUGGAUUAUAGCAACGUAGAGUAUAUUAAAAUUUAAGCGAAUGAUGAAAAUCAAUACUUCUUAUCUAAAGAUGUUGCCAACCUCUGCGGAUAGUUUAGAGAGUUUAUUAGUAUAUAAUUAAACAAUCCUAAUAGGGGAGAAUAUAUCACAAUUACACUCAAUAUGGCUGGACCAGUCAUUGAAACUAUAAUAUAAUAUUUACAUUACAAGUAUAAAUAUUUAAGCGCAGAUGUUAAAACAAUACCAAAAUUUGAUAUACAACCUAGCCUUGCAUUACAAGUGCUAAAUGCUUCAAUAGAGCUGAAUAUUUGA